UUCCCAUCCCUGCACUGCCCCAUCCCUCUUCUCUCUCCUUUACCUCUAUUAGUUAGCCUCGGUAGCUCUCAGAGCUAACAACCUCCGCACCUCUAGACACCCAGACCCCUGCCUUGCCCGAACCCAGCCACGCUGCACUAUGACCAGCCUCAGAGCCAGACGGAGGGCCCUGGCCCUGGUUCUCCUGGUUGUCCUCCAGCUUCAGGCCUGUAGGGGACAGGGUGCUGCUGAGCUCAGGAAGCCCAUCUACCAGAGACUCAGACGACUAGACGAUCAGUUCCGUCGAUUCCAGGAACAGACCCUGAGCCGGUUAGAGCUUCUGUCCCAUAUGUCUAACGUGUCGACCUCCCUAGAGGUCAGAGUUCAGACCCUGUCUGACCAACACAGAAACCUCACCCAGGAACUAACACAACUCAGAGACACCGCCACACAGGAUCUGGACGGACUGAAAGACUGGAGCAGGAAACUACAGAAGAAGAACAAGAGGAUGGAGGGAAGAUUGGCCUCGCUGGAGAGAGGACUGAGAGAGAGACACAGACAGGGACAGGGCAGCAGGCAGACCCAGAGACCGAGUCAGGAGCAGGGAGAGUCUCUCUCCAGCCUCACCCUGGAGCUACACAGCCAGGAGGGGCGUCUCGACUCCCUGGAAGCCCAGCGAGAGGAGCUUCUGGUUGGGCUGAGAGGUCUCCAGGAGUCCCUGAGGGAACAGGAUCUCCGGAUGAGCCGGCUCGAAGGGAGGCUGGGGGAGCUUUUACAGGGGAAUGUAGUCUCUUCCAGGGGAUCAGAGAGGACAGGAGACCCCCUCACCUCCAACCUCACCCCCCAGGACACAGCACCCCCACAGAGGACCCAGGCCUCCAGAGGACAGAGCCCAAGACAGGACACCCAGACCCAGCCCGGACACACCCAGACAUAUUACCAGCACCAGCCCAAACCCCAACCCCAUUCCCAGCCAAAACACACCAAAGACAGGAGGAUGAGGACAAGACUACAGCCUCCACCUCCCCACCCCACACAGCCUCCUUUUCAGUCCCAGGAGGAGAGGAAGAGGCUGGGGGAGAGAGGACAGGAGAGCCCACGGCCUGGUCGUCCUCAACAUGGGCCAAAACCACAGUCUGUGGAGGAGACGAGAGAGGAGGAAGAGAUGGAGAGGAGGAGGGGGGACGAGGUGUGGAGGAAGAGUGAAGUGAAGCGGACAGAGAGGAGGAGGGGAGAGGAAGAGCGGACAGAGAGGAGGAGGGGAGAGGAAGAGCGGACAGAGAGGAGGGAGGGAGAGGAGGAAGAGGAGGAGAUGAAAGGAGAGGAAUCACAAAUCCAGAACCUUCUCCAGCUUCCAGUGAGACAUAAGAUCCCUCUGCAGCACAUCCCCAGGAGAGAAGCUACCAUCUGUAAUGUGGACUCCAUGCUCCUGUUUCCGUCAGCUUCCUCUGAGAACUACGUCACCUUCUCCCGGAGCUUCCCUGCUCUUCCAGAACUCUCCGUGUGCCUGUGGAUCCGCGUCGACGUCGGUUACGUAGGAACGCUCCUCUCUUACGCCACGGAAGACGACGACAACAAACUAGUCCUAUACGGACGCAACUCCUCCUCCUCCUCAUACUCUUCCUCCACCCCCAGCCGAGCAACCCUGGACUUCGUGGUGGGAGACCCUGCGUACCGUGAGCUCCCUGUGGACUCUGUGCUGGACGGGUGCUGGCACCACCUCUGUGUCCUCUGGUCCUCUAUCCAGGGACGUUUCUGGCACUACACCGACCGGCGCCUGACCUCCGCAGGGUCACGGUUCAGGAAGGGUUACGAGGUGCCGGGAGGGGGGUUAGUGGUGCUGGGAGCAGAGCAGGACAGCCAGGGGGGAGGGUUUGAUCCCACCGAGGGGUUCGUGGGGCGCCUGGCGGGGUUCACCGUGUGGGACCGGGUAUUGAGUCCUGGGGAGGUGACGGGGGUGGCUAUGGGGAGGGGGGUACCCCGGGGGGUGGUGCUCGAGUUGGGGGAUGUUGACGGAGUUCAUGGGGAGGUGCAGCAGGUAGCCUGCGAGUGCCUGGAACACUGUAGCUGAGACGUUUGAUUCCAAACUGACACUAACCGCUCGUCCCUCAUCCCUCGUCCCUAUAGGCACUCCUAGAUCUACAGUGUGGUCCUUUAGGGCAGAGUGGGCUGGUUUUUACUUCUCUGUACUUGAUUGAUCAAUUAAGGUAAUUGAUUUCCCCUCACCUGGUUGUCUAGGUAUUAAUUGGGUGUUAAUUAAAAAUAAAUAAUAACAAAUAACAACAACCAGCCUACGGGUUUACUUGGGAUUCAGCUGUCUAAAUGUUUUAAUAUCAAUCAAUUAACUACCAGGGAGAAUGAAGACCGGCAGAACUGCCCUUCGGACUUAAUGUGGACCUAUAUUGAAAGAGGAACCCUAACACUUCUCUGACCUUAAACAGUGCCACUGACACACUGUAAAAUGAGCAUGUGAAUGAAAGCCAUCAAUUAUUACUUAAAGCAAUGUUAUAUGGCUAAACAAAGACUGUUUCAUAUCAUAUAUAUUGUUACCCAGCAACAGACAGACAGAGAGAGAGAGCGAGAGAGACAGACAGACAGAGGGACAGACAGACAGGCAGAGGGACAGACUGUUUAUCGUUCAGAUUGUUCUGUUAUAAAGUCAACAGACUAGCUGCUAGUUGACCAACUGACAUCUGAUGUCAGUUAUUAUCAUGCUAAUAAAUCAAGAUGAUGUCAGUUGGAGCUGCUCUCUACUCUACUGGAUAUAUAACAGUCAUCAUUCAUGAGACAAAUGAUCCUUUAUCUAUAAACAUUGAUUCACUCAG